AUGGCCUCCGUGGAUGUGGUCGUUCUGUCGGUGAAAGUUGCGAAGCCACGCAAGCCUCGUCCACAGCUGCGGAAGGCAGACAAGCUGGCGGGCAAAAGUAAAGCCGAAGCCCAAGACGUCCAAGAGGAGCUCCAGGUGAAGGAUGAAGUGAAGCAAGAAGUUGAGGAGCGAAGAAAAUAUGCUCAUACAGCAGCCAAGACCAAGCUGGAAGUCAAGGAGGACGUGAAGAAAGAGGUGAAAGAGGACUCGACGAACAAUAGACAGAAAGUGAAAACUGAGAUCAAGGAGGAGUCUUCGAAGGACAUGCUGGACCAACAAGCCACUCAGGAGAUCACACAGAAG